CUCGAAAAUUCUAGAAAGUUCCUCAAUUGUGGUCUGGAAUAGGAUCGUACAUAUAAAAGUACCAGGGCUCAGAGGGGGAGUAAUAUUAUCAAGGUGAAAGUCUGAAAGGAUCCAUCUUUACUACAAACACCCUCAAUUUCAACGAGCAUGUCAGAUGUGAAUGCGCUGAAAGACCAGGGCAACAAGGCCUUUUCUGCCAAGGACUACGACAAAGCGAUCGAGCUAUUCACAGCUGCAAUCGCCAUCGACUCUUCGAACCAUGUCCUCUUUUCAAAUCGGAGUGCUGCGAAAGCUGGCAAGAAGCAGUGGGCUGGAGCGCUAGAGGACGCAGAACAGUGUGUCAAGCUCAAUCAGUCGUGGUCCAAAGGCUACGCGAGAAAAGGGGCUGCAUUACACGGUGCAAGACGAUAUGAUGAGGCUGUCGAGGUAUAUGAAGCUGGUCUUAAGUUGGAGGAUAGCCCUGCCUUACGCAAGGGUUUACAAGAGGUGAAAGACGCAAAGGGUAGGGAUGUAACUGAGUCCCUAGGCCUCGGAAAAUACUUUUCAGACCCAAGCCUCAUUGGAAAGCUGGCAACUAAUCCCCGAACACAAAAACAUAUGGCUGACCCAGCGUUCGUGCAAAAGCUCAAACUCUUCCAACAAAACCCCGCACUCGCUGAUUCAGCUCUCCAGUCAGAUUCCCGCAUGAUCGACGUUCUUGGUGUAGCGAUGGGCAUCGAUAUGCAAGGUUUUUCGCGCGACGAUGAAAAUGACGGGCUCCCACCCAAUUUCAAGACUCCGCCAACGCCAGCACCAGCACCAGCACGCGCACCAGCACCACCAGCACCAGUCCACGAGCCCGAAGAUGCGCACUACAAGGCGCAACGCUUUUCUGAAGCUGCAGAAUACUUCAAGAAGGCCUGGGAUCUGUGGCCAAAGGACAUCACGUUCCUCGGAAAUCUCGGUGCUGCAUAUCUCGAGGCGAAAGAGUACGAUCAAUGUAUCACAACGUGCGAAUUAGCUGUUGAGGAAGGCCGAGGACUCCGUGCAGACUACAAGAUCAUUGCCAAAAUUUUUGGCCGUAUCGGGACUGCUUACACUGCAAAGAACGACCUAGUGUCCGCGAAGAAGUACUUCCAAAAGUCACUCUCUGAACACCGUGACGCUGCCAUCCUCGCGAAGCUUCAAGCCACCGAGAAAGCCAUUGCCGAGGCCGAGCGGCAGGCAUACAUAGACCCCGCCAAGUCUGCUACCGCGCGCGAGGAAGGUAAUGCUGCAUUCAAAGGCGGUGACUUCGCAAAGGCCGUGAAAUUGUACGAAGAGAGUAUUAAGCGUGAUCCCUCCGAUGCAAGAGGAUACAACAACAGGGCAGCAGCGUACAUGAAACUCAUGGCAUUGGCUGAAGCGCUGAAGGAUGCCGACAAAGCAAUCGAGGUCGAUCCCACAUUCGUCAAGGCAUACAUCCGGAAAGCCACGAUCCUGCAAACGAUGCGCGAUUAUAGUAAGGCUCUUGAAGCUUUACAAGCCGCUUCAUCAGCCGACACCGCCAAUGCACACGCGCAAGAGAUUCAAACUCAGGAGAACAAGAUUCAGCAAGCAUUGUUUACUCAGCGUUCCGACGAGACGGAGGAACAGACCCUCGAGCGAGCCAUGAAGGACCCCGAAGUCGCUCAAAUCAUGGGUGACCCCGUGAUGCAGCAGAUUCUGCAGCAAGCGCAAGGCAACCCUGGCGCAUUACAAGAUCACAUGAAAAACCCUGUCGUACGUCAGAAGAUUAUGAAACUCAUCAACGCAGGAAUUAUCAAGACAAGGUGAUUUGCGCGGUAAUGUUUGAAUCACACCAGUAAUUGUAGUUGUAUCAGUUCAAAUAUCAUUUGCUUUAUCAACUACUCUCCU